UGGAUCACAACAUUCUACGCCUUGACACUUGCAACUGGUUUAUCGACUUCGGGACUUCUGGCAUAUCGCAUCUGGAUGGUCGAACGCAAUGUCUCUGCAAUUCGCGUUACGAAGGGCAGUAUGAUGCCGAUACUGCGCGUGCUCGUGGAUGCCGCCGUUUUGUACUCCGUGGCGCUGCUCUCGGCACUAGUGUGUUUCAUUGAAUGGAACAACGGACAGUAUGUUAUACUAGACAUGAUCAUGCCGAUUAUCUCAAUUACCUUCUACAUGGUGAUCAUCCGCAUUGCAAUCAACAAGAAAAUUCACAAUUACCUCUCGACCCGUGGAGGGAUGACUGGUGGGACAGCGGGAGGAAUCUCGCGGUAA